AUGCUUCCAAAAGAAUCUCUAGGAGACAAGGUUCAUUAUGUUAUAUCAUUCACAAUGGUUGUUUGUACAUAUUAUGAUAGCUUCUUUCCUACAAAAUCAACAGUGGCAGUUAACAAAUCAACUCAGGUUGAAAAGCAGAUGGAGCAAGUGCAGAUUAAACCAAAUGUAGAAAUCUGUCUCAAUGAUUUGAAACUUGUGCUUGGACCAGAGUUGAAGAUAGUUUAUCCUUUGAUUCUUAAUUUUGGAGUAAGUGGAGAGCUUGAGUUAAAUGGUCUGGCCCAUCCCAAAUGGAUAAAACCUAGAGGCAUACUGACAUUUGAGAAUGGUGAAGUCGAUCUAGUUGCAACACAGGUGAGGUUAAAACGAGAGCAUUUAAACAUUGCAAAAUUUGAGCCUGAGUGUGGACUAGAUCCAAUGCUUGAUUUAGCUUUGGUUGGAUCUGAGUGGCAAUUCAGGAUUCAAGGUAGAGCUAGCAAUUGGCAGGACAAACUUGUGGUAACCUCAACACGUUCUGUGGAACAGGAUGCACUCUCACCUACUGAGGCUGCCAGAAGGUUUGAGAGUCAGUUGGCUGAAUCCAUUUUAGAAGGAAAUGGUCAGUUUGCUUUUGAAAAGCUUGCAACUGCAACUCUGGAAAAAUUGAUGCCACGAAUAGAAGGGAAGGGAGAGUUUGGCCAGGCUAGGUGGAGGCUAGUAUAUGCACCUCAGAUUCCCAGUUUAGUUUCUGUUGACCCUACAGCAGAUCCUCUCAAGUCACUUGCCAGUAAUAUAUCGUUUGGUACAGAAGUUGAAUUUCAGCUUGGGAAACGUCUUCAGGCUACCAUCGUUAGGCAAAUGAAGGAGUCUGAGAUGGCAAUGCAAUGGACAUUGAGCUAUCUGCUUACAAGUCGUUUGCGAGUGCUCCUGCAAUCUGCUCCAUCUAAACGCCUUCUCUUUGAAUAUUCUGCCACAUCCCAGGAUUGA